CCACUUGUAAAUCACCGUCUUAUUUGUAUAUCGGGCCGCAUCGUCAGAAGAUGGUCCGAAAUUCGUGCAUCUUCGAUCUCAUAAAUAAACAAAAAACAUGGGGAGAGAACGCUUCGGAAUUCAUUAGAUUUCUCACGCUUCGAUAGUGCUAGAAGUUUCCAUCAAUUUUCGCGUUUAUUAAGUCUGCACAAAUACCAUGGGUCGUUACACAGGGAAAAAAUGUCGCCUUUUAACAAUGUUAUGGCUGACAGCCUUGUUCUUUUUAGUUGAAAUUGUAGUUGGAUAUGUAACUAAUUCGAUGGCUUUAAUAGCUGACAGCUUCCACAUGUUGUCGGAUGUAGCGGCUUUGGUAGUAGCAUUUCUUUCGGUAAAGAUGUCGCCGAAGAAAUGGUCCAAGAACACCUUUGGUUGGGCUAGGGCUGAGGUGUUGGGAGCUUUAGUCAAUGCCGUGUUUUUGGUCGCGCUAUGUUUUAGCAUCACUGUGGAAGCGUGUAAGCGAUUCAUUGAGGUGGAAGAAAUACAUGAAGCUAAACUGCUUGUGGCAGUUGGAGCACUUGGACUGUUGGUGAAUGUGAUAGGCUUAUGUUUAUUUCAUGAACACGGAAGUGCUCAUGGUCACUCGCAUGGUAUAUCCCGAAGUCAUAAUAGACUGAGCACUUUAGUGGGCACGGAUGACAAUGAAAACGACGAAGCUUACAGACCUUCGACGCCCCAAGUGAAAAGAGCGCACGGUCACAGUCACGAUGCAAGUCAAAUGAACAUGCGAGGAGUAUUUCUCCACGUACUUUCUGACGCAUUGGGAUCUGUUAUUGUAAUCGUGUCUGCCCUCAUUGUAUGGCUCACAGAGUGGAAGUACAGAUUUUACAUUGACCCCGCACUGUCGCUUUUAUUAGUCAUUCUUAUCUUGCGAUCAGUGUGGCCGUUACUCCAGGAAUCAGCUUUAAUUCUACUGCAGACUGUGCCAACACACAUUCAAGUUGAUGCUAUACAGCAGCGUUUGUUAGAAAAUGUAGACGGAGUAUUAGCCGUACACGAGUUCCACGUGUGGCAGUUAGCGGGUGACCGUAUUAUAGCUAGUGCGCAUAUAAGAUGUAGGAAUCUUUCGGAGUACAUGAAAAUUGCCGAACAAGUUAAGGAGUUUUUCCACAACGAGGGCAUCCACUCCACGACUAUUCAACCAGAAUUUAUCGAUUAUCAUUCAAAUAGCGAAAUUAAAGAAACUCCCACGGAGGAUUGUGUGUUGGAUUGUCCAAAGACUGAUAAACCGUGCAAUCAUGCGACAUGCUGUGGUCCUUCUAAGCAAGGUCGUGAGACUCCUUCCCCUGGAGAAACGCCGUACAUGUGCAGACAGCGCAACAGCCUGGCGCGUUCGACCGGCUCUAUAGGAGGAGCUGAGCAGCAAGAAGUGAAUGAAAUGGAAUGCGGACACUUGCUGUCACUGCCGACAUCGCAUCCAGCUUCGUUUCAUUCCGUCCAAGUUCCCCAUCCUCAUGUUAACGCACCAACUGUCUGAGUUCAUCAUUGCAUCAUCAAAUAUCUACCUCCAUAGUAAAAUACACGGCGCGUCGCGAUUUAUUGUACAAAUACAAUAAAUGGAAUACAUCUAUGAUAUCUAUUAGUAUCGCAGUUAAUGGCAGAGGUUGAAGGACGCAUUUGCAAUCGCAUCAAUUAUUAUCGUAACGAAUUUAUAUUUCUUCCGAAGAUUUGCGUAGCGAGCAAAUCUGCUUCUUAUCUUUGCCAUCAAUUUACUUAUAUAACGUAUUAAUGGAUAUUUGACGAUUAAAUGCCAAAGGCAUGUUAAUACCAAAUAUUUUAUGUUACACAAUGCUCUGAUAUAAAUAAGAUAUUUAAUUUGGAUUUCUAAAAAAAUUAUAAGGUUUUUAUCUUAAUAAUUCUGUGCAUAAUUUAUGCAGAAUAGAAAUAGGAUGUAGAAAUAUAGGAUUUAUAAUAUCUAAGUUAAGUAUUUUUUAAAUCUCACUUUCCGAGACUGCGGUGAAUAAGAACACUACUUUGUAAAGCUGUUUAUUUAUAUAUUGUGUAAUUUUUAUUCUGUAUAUUAUGCUACGCAAUUUUAUAAGAUAGUAUACAAAUCUAUAAGCGA